UUAUUUUUCUGUGUAUUCGACCCGACUGAAAGUGAAAACGGAUAUAGGUUAAAGCCGUACGGGCCGUUAUAGAAAUAACCGUAUCCCCAGCCACACCACCGCCAUUCUGUUUCUAACCACCACCAUUCUCACACCACCGGCGCAACCCAGCCCUCCGAUACCACAAUCAAUCAACAUCCGUGUAUAUGGAACUCGGUUCACUCCACCUAUCCACCGACUUUUCGUGCCCUAAAACCCUUCGAACAACCUCCUCAUUACACCGCCUGACCACCGUCAAAUUCCGGCCACCUUCUUCUCACCGCUACCACCACCGUCGCUUCGUCAUUACUUCCUCUGCUUCUGUCCCUAACAUUUCGUCCACUUCAACUGGUGUUGCUGUACACAACUUAAACAACUCUACUGUCAAUGUUAAUUCAUCUUGUAAUACUAGUAGUUUGUCAACUAUUUAUGACCACCAGAAGAAGAUAUCGACUGUUGAUGACGCAGGCGGUGUGGAUUAUGUUCCCGAAUUCGAGUUUUCUGUUAAUCAUGGUGCUUUUGGGUCUGACGUCGUAGAUUCUUGGAAAUGGAAGCUAACAUCAUUACUGCACAGCAAUGACAAACAAGAGCUGGUGUUAAAGGAAAAGAAGGACAGGCGUGAUUAUGAUCAAAUAGCAUCUCUGGCAAGUGAAUUAGGUUUAUACAGCCGUUUGUAUGCCAAAGUGGUCGUUGUCAGCAAAGUCCCAUUGCCAAAUUACAGAUUUGAACUGGAUGAUAAGCGGCCACAGAGGGAGGUGAUUUUGUCUCCUGGGUUGCAUAGGAGAGUUGAUGAUCAUCUUGAAAAAUAUCUUUCCCAGAAGCCUAAGAGCAUCGAUGGCUCUCAAGAUAACAUGUUUCCAACUGAAAUUGUUAAUAAUAACAUUGCUAAUACUGGACCCUUUGAGCAAAAAGAGUCACUCCCGAAAAAUAAAGCUGUAUCAGACGAUACCCUUUUUCGAAGAAGUAUGCAAUUGAGCAUGGAGCAACAAGCUUGGCAGAAAUCUUCAGAAGGUCAGAAGAUGCUUGAGUUCCGCAGGAGUCUCCCUGCUUACAAAGAGAAGGAUGCUAUAUUGAAUUCUAUUUCAAAGAAUCAGGUUGUUAUCAUCUCAGGUGAAACCGGCUGCGGGAAAACAACACAAGUUCCCCAGUUUAUUCUAGAAUCCGAGAUUAAUUCUAUGCGAGGGGCCACAUGUAGCAUCAUUUGUACUCAACCCCGGAGAAUAUCUGCUAUGUCUGUCUCUGAAAGAAUUGCCAUUGAAAGAGGGGAAAAAUUGGGUGAAAACGUUGGAUAUAAGGUUAGGUUAGAGGGUAUGAAAGGAAAGAACACCCGCCUGUUGUUCUGUACCAGUGGCGUUUUAUUGAGGAGAUUGUUAGUUGAUAGAGAUUUAAAAGGCGUGACUCAUGUUAUCAUGGAUGAGGUUCAUGAACGUGGAAUUGAUGAAGAUUUUCUGCUUACUGUUAUGAAAGAAUUACUUCCUUGCCGGCCUGAACUAAGGCUUGUGUUGAUGAGUGCAACCAUAAAUGCGGAGAUUUUCUCUUCUUACUUUAAUGGUGCUCCGGUGAUUCAGAUACCGGGUAUUACGCAUCCUGUACGUACCUAUUUUCUGGAAAAUAUCCUGGAAUCCACCGGAUACAGAUUGACAGCUGACAAUCAAAUCGAUGAUUACGGUCAAGUAUGGAAAUUAAAUAAACAGACUUCAAACAAAAGGAAGAGCCAUAUUGCUUCAUCUGUCGAGGAAGCACUUGGAUCUGCUGACUACAGUGAAUACAGUCAACAGACACAAGACUCUUUGCUCUGCUGGAAUCCCAAUUGCAUAAAUUUCAACCUCAUAGAAUACCUACUAUGCAACAUAUGCGAGAACGGAAAACCUGGGGGUAUUUUAGUUUUUAUGACCGGGUGGGAUGACAUAAUCUCCUUAAAGGAGAAGCUACAAGCUCACUCGGUUUUGGGAGAUCCAAAUCGAGUUUUGUUACUGACAUGUCAUGGUUCUAUGUCCAGCUCUGAGCAGAGGUUAAUAUUUGAGAAGGUAGAUGAUGGAGUGAGGAAGAUAGUGUUGGCUACGAAUAUUGCGGAAACCAGUAUUACGAUUGAUGACUUGGUUUUUGUCAUCGAUUGUGGUAAGGCCAAAGAGGCAUCAUAUGAUGCGCUCAACAAUACUCCUUGCUUGCUUCCUUCUUGGAUAUCCAAGGUUUCUGCUAAACAAAGGAGAGGAAGGUCCGGCCGUGUUCAACCAGGAGAAUGUUACCAUCUAUAUCCCCAAUGCGUCUACGAUUCUUUUGCUGAUUUUCAAUUGCCAAAAAUACUGCGGACUCCUUUGCAAUCCCUUUGUUUGCAAAUCAAAAGUUUGAAUCUUGGUAGUAUUUCUGGAUUCUUAUCCAGGGCGUUGCAGUCACCUGACUCGCUAGCGGUUCAAAAUGCUGUUGAAUAUCUCAAGCUAAUCGGUGCUUUGGACGAGAAGGAAAAUCUGACCAUAUUGGGUGGCUACUUGGCAAUGCUUCCAAUGGAGCCGAAACAUGGAAAGAUGCUUGUAAUGGGUGCAUUUUUAAAUUGCCUUGACCCGAUAUUGACCAUCGUGGCUGGUCUUACUGUUAGGGAUCCUUUUCUGGCACCUUUGGAAAUAAAAGAGUUGGCACAGGCUGCUAAAGCACAAUUCUCCCAUGGAUUUAGUGAUCAUCUUGCUCUUGUACGGGCAUACAACGGUUGGAAAGUAGCUGAACGAAAGCGAAUCGGUCAUAAAUACUGUUGGAAAAACUUUCUCUCUCCACAAUCAAUGAAAGCUAUUGAUUCUCUUCGAAGGGAAUUUCAAUCUGUGCUUAAAAGUAUCCGUCUUAUUGACAACAAGGCGAGCAGUUACAACACUUAUAGCUAUGAUGAAAAUCUCGUCCGUGCAGUUAUCUGUUCGGGAUUGUAUCCAGGAGUCUGCUCUGUUGUGCACAAGGAUAACUCGUUAUCACUAAAAACAAUGGAAGACGGUCAGGUGUCUCUACAUUCCAAAUCGGUUAAUGCACGUGAUUUUAAAAUACCAUACCCAUGGCUGGUCUUCAACAAAAAGGUCAAAGUCAACUCUGUUUACCUUCAAGAUUCAACAGCUGUAUCUGAUUCAACGCUGCUUUUAUUUGGGGGAAGCAUUUCAAUAGGUGAUGUUCAGGAGGGACACAUGAAAAUGUUGGGAGGAUACUUUGAGUUCUUCAUGGAACCCGCAAUAGCAAUAACAUAUCGAACUUUAAAACGAGAGCUCGAUGAGUUAUUCCAGACUAAAUUAAUGAAUCCAAAAAUGAACCUGCAAGCCCACCAUGAGCUUUUAUCUGCGAUACAAUUGCUGCUCUCAGGAGAUCAAUGCAGUGGUAGGUUUGUAUACAACCACCAGGUGAUACGUAGCAAUUCAGUACCUUCUAUUGCCUCACCACCGCUGCCACCGCCCCUAGUUUCUGCGACAGAAAGUGGACCAGGAGGUGACAAUUCCAAAAGUCAACUCCAAACAUUACUUGCUAGAGCAGGCUAUAGUACACCAAUCUAUAAGACUAACUUGUCAAACAACCAGUUUAUGGCCGUUUGUGAAUUCAAUGGCGUGCAAAUCAUGGGCCGUCCUUGUAACAACAAGAAACAAGCUGAGAAAGAUGCGGCUUCUAAGGCUUUGGAUUGGCUUUUGGGUGGUAAUGUUGUGACGCGUGAAACGAUCGACAUCAUAUCAAUGGUUUUGAAGAAGAGCAAAUCGAACCAGAAUUAGGAGGUGCCGUAAAUUGACUAAACCUUUCUUAUUUGAGAUUUCCGGAUGCUUAAAGAACACCAAUAGAAGCAUUUUUCAUGUCACUAAAUGAAGUAUUCGAUGAUCAGGCUGGAAUUGGACUAGCUUUUGACCAUUAGUUGGACUAAUUUUGACCAUCUUCGGUGAGAUCAAAUUUUGCUCAAGAUCAAGAACAGUAAAAAACAGCUGACAUGUAAGUUUCCUCUUUGGACUGAAUUUAUGUAUAUAGUUGGUAAAUACAAUAUUGAUUAUAAAUAUAUUUGUUACAAUGUGAAUUAUAAAAUGGGUAUAAAACAUUUAAUCUUGUAAA